CUUUUCGGUUUGAAGGCUGAUGGCUAUGAUCAAUUACCAUGUAUUGAGAUUGGAAGUUCAUCAGCUCCAGAAGAGAUCAGGAACAGUGUGAUUGAGGAAUUUUUAAGAAUGCAUAAGGCAUCCCACCAUCACUAGCGCGUUUCCGCGAUUAUAUAUAACGUGACGUCCAUCUUUGAUGUUACUGUAAAGGUUUAUCCCCAGUAUGAAGUCUCCGGAAGUCAUGGAAAGGACCCAUUGAGUGAUCAAAAUGGGUGACACAAUUAUUUCUGUAACUGAAGCAAAACGAGAAGAUAUUAACCAAGGUGUUGCCCAGAGCACUGUCCAAGCACAUGCAUCUUUACAAUGCAAUCGCAAAAACGUACUUAUGAUGAUGCUGAUUUGUAUGAAGAUGCAAUGUCUCAACGGGUGUGCUUAGUUGACUGGGUAAUAACGAAAGUUCAAAAUGGUAUUGGAGAUGGGAAUGAUAAUAUCAGACCUAUCGAGAAAUUAUAUGGGCAAAUCAAAUGGGUUAGUGGGUUUUUAAUCAGCAAAAAUCAUCAUUAG